UGCGCAGUUAGAAAUCGCGCUCUUGCCAUUAAGAUGAUUUCUGGCAGUUUUAGUCGUGUAGUUGCUUUUACCGGAGCCGCGGUGGUCGGUGUUGUGGCGGGGCACCGGGGACGGCAGGCCGCCAAGUUUCGGGCCGCUGCCCGGUGCGAAUUCUCCCGCCCGUCUUACAACCCUCCACCUGCUGAUUACGACGGGCCCGUCUUCAAACCUCGACUCGACUUCCCCAGGAGCGUUAACCCAGGGAACGAGGCUUUCCCCUGGCUGGACAUAGACUUCAGGACGGAGCCGGAGAGAUACCUGCGGACGGUUCGGGACUACUGUUUGGAGGGGAAUGUUGAGUGCGACUUCAGGGUGGAACAGAACCAGAUCCGUGACUGGUACCAUGUCCCGUGGAUGUCCUCCCAGCCCACAGGACGGGAGCCCAUCCACGGCAUGACCAUGGAGAAAUCGUCCAAACAGGGGAUGUUGUCGGACUCGCAGCAGAGAGAGGUGCAGAACUGGGCGGUCGCCUUCUACAACUCUCCGGGAGCGUACGCCGUCGGCCGAGUCUGGUCCCUGCCCUGGCAACCUGCACAGGACGGCGUCGCCUUCCCAGAGGGCACGGUGGGGUUUAAACCGUUAUUCACACAGGCGACGGAGGAGGAAGUUCCCUACCUUAAAGGCAGUCCGAUCUGGAAAGCGGCGAUCGCUAAAACCCCGCGAGAGCCCGGAGACAGGGGUCCGCCCGUGGAGACGAGACUGAUCCAGAUGGACGUCGCCAUCAGAGACGACAGGGCCGACAUAGGUUGGGUGUUCGGCACAUUUGUGUACCACAGCUCCCGGUGCAGUGACGCCCCCUGGCGGAGACUGGUGCCCGUGUGUCUGCAGUGGGGGAACGAUCCGGACCUGACUCUGCAGCGGUACCAGGAGGGCGCCAGGCCCGUACAGACAUGGAACAACCCGCGGCUCAAGGAAUUGGGGAUAGUAUCUGCCUCCCGCCCGUACCUGGGUUGGCUGGGCCGGGCGAACGGACCGGUGGACAACUUCAAGUCCUGCUGCACCUCCUGCCACUCCACGGCCUCCGUACCGGACGAGAUCAACAAAGUCCCUCGCGGAGUCCCUCCGACGAACACCACCGCCGACCAAGCCUUGUGGUGGUUCCGUAACCUGGUACCAGGACAGGCAUUUGAGGAAAGCGGCAAGUCACUGGACUAUUCCCUGCAGCUCAGCAGCAGUAUUUCCCAAUACAACGAGUGGAAAAAGUCUUACCUGAAAAAUAACCUUAGGUAGAUUAAGGACUGGUGGCGCACCCAUUUCCAGCAACAGUGCCUUCUAGUGGCAAGGAUGGUUAACGCAUUCAUUGAAAGAUAUUUAGGAUCAGUCUGUUGAACAUGAAGUGAAAAUUUUUCUUCCUGAGAUUUCCAGCUGAUAACUUAUAUGGAUAAAUGGUUGGGUCACAGGCAUCCAACAACAUUGUAAACCAGAAAGUACUAACUUAAAGAUAUUUUUCUACCUUUAUUGUAUCGAAUUUCAACUUUAUAACAGGAAGUGUUGCAAUAAUAAUAAGCAACAAAAUAGCUACCAUUUGUCUGAAAAUAUACAUAUACAUGUACCAACUUCAGGCUAACCCAAGAGUACCACUAUUACCCAGUAGGUAACCAGUAGUCAGGACACUGAGUGGCAGUCGUUCUCAAACACGGACGUUGUAGCUCCCAAACACUCUUAGUCUUACUAACUAUAGCAGAGGCAACCAUGAAGCUAGACGGAUGUUAAUCAAGACUCAGUAUUGACAUAAAUGUAUUUGUGGCAAGACAUUGGAGCUACAAUGUAUUUCUCUGAUCAUUUUCAUUGAAACUAGAAUGAAAGGGGAGUAAACCUUUCAACAUCAUCUCAAAUAUGAUGCAGACAAAUUGUGAAAUAAUUACUGUAAAUGUGGGAGAGUGUCACUGUUAACACUUGUUUGUAGUAGUCUUGUUCCAAACAGCUUUUUGAGGAAUAUACACAAAUCUGUCACGGAGUGAGUGUGAGUGAGCGAGUGUGAGUCACUUUUGAGUUUGACCCUGACUUAAGGAAGUCACAUGGUACGUUUUCAAUUUUUUUCCAUGUUCAUGGCUACAUGUAAAGUAAAUUUCAAUAUGGCACAAACUCACAGUGUUCAAACGUAGAUGCAUUUGACUUUGUACAAAUUUGCUGGAGAUUCCAAAUUCCAAGAGUUUUU